GCUUCUCCACAGGUUAGUCCGGAGAAAAGUGCUUGCCUAAGGGGUGGCUUGGGUUGUGUUUCGGUGGGAUGUAACUAGUCUGGACAGGUGUGACUUCUGCGUCACAUAAGUUAUGGGCGACUCUUUCUAUGCUCACUCUUAUGCCACAGGUCCACGUUCUGGAUGCUCUCAAUGUGUGUUCAAUUCAGGUGUGAUGUGAAAUCGGCGUGCUGCACAAAAACGCAAAUCGGGAGACUCACGGCACUCGAGGCUCAGAAUUUAAGAUCUAGCCGCCGCAUUCACCAGCUCACAGGGACUGAGGGCACGUUUCGAACCAGAGCACGCCUUGAGUGGCGGGUGAGAUGACACGCCCCCACCGGAUUGCAUCGCUCAGCCUCCCACUCUGGUGGCUUUUACUGACACACAUGUACAGACAGGAAGUCAAAGGGGAUCAGAUCUCUGAGGACUGCAGCGGUCAGCGAAACAGGAGCUUGUGCCCGUGUGUUCCAGUAAAAGGUUCCAGGGGGCUUCCUGGUGCUUUAGGAGAAGUGGGUAGAAUGGGGUCUCCAGGACCACAAGGACCUCAGGGGAAACGUGGACAGAAAGGACAGCGUGGAAUUGAAGGAAUUCCAGGGAUUAUUGGACCAAAAGGAGAUCUAGGCAGUCCAGGAAUACCCGGAUACCCUGGACCGAAUGGACAAGAUGGUUCUCGUGGAUCAGUUGGCCCUCGUGGUCUUCCAGGAUUAGAUGGCUGUAAAGGAGACCCAGGAGAUCCAGGGGUCCUUGGCUGUCAAGGUCCACAUGGUACAAGCGGACCCCGAGGUUUUAAAGGGCCAAAGGGACCCAAAGGAGACCCUGCGCUCAAAUAUGUCAUGAUUCCUGGUCAACCUGGUUGUGAUGGACCUCCUGGUGACCCUGGACCUCCAGGAUCUUCUGGACCUUGUGGCCCACAAGGUGCCCAAGGGAACCCUGGAGACCCCGGACCAUCGGGUGGAAAUGGUGCUCCAGGUGCCCGAGGGCCUCCAGGAGACCAAGGAAAACCGAUUCUUGGUACAGAUGGAGACGAGGGAGAUCCAGGACCAGCGGGCCCUCCAGGUCCUACUGAAUUAAUCGAGCCAUCAGAGAAAUAUUUCCCCAAAGGAGAAAAGGGGGCAAAAGGACCUGCUGGAGAAUGUGGAUCACCUGGAUGUAAUGGAACUGUGGGACCUUUGGGGGACACAGGAGAUAAAGGCCUUACAGGAAGUCAAGGACCUAAAGGAGAAAAUGGCUAUCCUGGGUGUUCUGGAAAACGAGGAUUUCAGGGUGUACAAGGAAAGCCCGGAUGCCCCGGUCCGAGCGGCUUCCAAGGACUAAAGGGAAUCUCAGGCGAACCUGGUCUACCAGGGGAAACAACAAAUUGGUCUUGUGCAGCAGGAAGUCUCGGUAAGACAGGACCUCCUGGUCCCCCCGGUAUCAAAGGAAACAUGGGAGUUAUGGGCCUGCCGGGUCCUCCUGGUCCACAAGGUCAUUCUUUGCCAGGCCUCCCAGGCAGCCCAGGGAUGUUGGGGACUCAAGGCCCUCAAGGUGAUAAAGGAGAGCCAGGAAAGAAAAGCAACCUGCAGAUCCCAGGGGAGCCUGGGAAACCGGGGAAGCCAGGGCCAAAAGGACAUCAAGGGGCUAGUGGACCCCAUGGAUAUUACUGCACCCCUGGACAAAGAGGAGUUCCUGGUUUUGAAGGAGAUAUAGGUCUACCUGGUCAAAGUGGCAUUCGUGGAAUAAAAGGUGACAAUGGUGGCUGUGCUUGUGAGGUCGGUCCUGAUAUUUAUGGCCUUGAGGGUUUGCCAGGUGAACCUGGGGAUCCUGGUGCUCCAGGAUUGCAGGGGCUUCCUGGUGCACAAGGUCAAACUGGCCCAGAUGGAGACCCUGGGAAAAAAGGAGGUUUUGGUUACCCGGGUUUUCCAGGUUACAGGGGAAUUAAAGGAGAAAAAGGAAACCUGUUUGUGAUGAACGUCAAGGGUAAAAAGGGAGAGCCCGGCACACCAGGGACUGAUGGUUGUCCAGGAAUGAAUGGGAAGAGAGGAAAUUGUGGGAAUCCUGGACCUGCAGGUGAUUGUGGUCCAGAGGGUGACAGUUUAAGAGGAUUUCCUGGUGAUAGAGGUUGUCCAGGAAAAAUGGGCUUGAAAGGCGUAAGAGGUCCCUGUGGGCCACAAGGCCCGGGCAUUCCUGGGCCGGUAGGCCUUCGAGGACCAGAAGGAGACCAGGGACCUGUAGGAACAAGAGGAAAUGUUGGGCGUAAAGGAAACAAAGGUGAUAUGCAACCCUGUAUACCAGGCAGUCCUGGAGUUCGUGGACCAAAGGGAGACCUCGGUGACCAAGGUUGUUUAGGAGAGCAGGGCAAUCCAGGGCCCUGUGGGGAUAAUGGAAUUAAAGGACCAAAGGGAGAAAAAGGAAACCUUGGAAAUUGUGGUCCUGAUGGCCAACCAGGGCUAGCUGGAUGUCCGGGGGAUCCGGGAGAUAUCGGACCUGAUGGACCGAGUAUGUGUGGAGAGAAAGGGAUACUUGGCAAUCCAGGACUCCCUGGGUUAAAAGGAUGUAUUGGAGACUCAUUAACAGGAGAGCGAGGGCCAGUGGGUCCAACCGGGUUUAAUGGCGUUUCAGGAGCUAAAGGUGUCCCUGGACCCUCAGGGUCACUUGGUAAUGAAGGCCAUCCUGGUGUACCUGGAGUGGAAGGAAGGAAAGGAGAGCCAGGGGCCUGUGGACAGCCUGGGAGACAGGGGCCUGUUGGCCCAGGUCCAGUACAGUGUGAGAACGGAGAAGUGGGUGAGGCAGGACCACCAGGAGACCCAGGCUGCAGUGGAAAUCCAGGCUUACCUGGGGAGAAAGGAUGUGCCGGACCACCUGGAGUCCCUGGAAGGGGGAUAAAAGGUGAUCCGGGGAAACCAGGCCAACCUGGUGCCCAGGGAUACUGUGGUCCUCAAGGAUGCCCAGGAUCAGAGGGUGACAAUGGAGAUCCUGGCUUUAAUGGAAUAAAAGGUUGUCCUGGACAACCAGGAAGGGAUGGUUUGCCUGGUGGCCCUGGUGAGUGUGGACCUCAAGGACCACCUGGAGUAAAAGGCGAAAAAGGGCCUGAUGGGAGGCAAGGCUGUCCAGGGGAAAAUGGAGAGAAAGGAGAGAAAGGUUCCCAAGGACCUCCUGGGAUGGCAGGAGAGAUUUACGUUAAUGCAGAAAAGGGGACAAAGGGGCCAUCAGGAGAGCUUGGGCCCUGCGGGUUUAAUGGCCCCCGAGGUGAUAAAGGUGUGAAGGGAAAAUGUGGUCCUGAUGGCUAUGUAGGGUAUCCUGGACCUCCAGGUUUUGAGAACGGCCCUCGGGGGCCACCAGGUCCUUGUGGAAGGCAAGGUAAACCUGGACUCCCUGGUUUGCCAGGGUUAAAAGGCAAAAGAGGAUUACCUGGAGUAUGCGGAGAUCCAGGUGACCCAGGGUUGAGUGGAUUGCCAGGAGCCCCUGGUCUCCGUGGAUUUGAUGGGCUUAAAGGCGAUAAAGGAGAGUCUAUAAGUAUACCAGGACCUCCAGGUCUGAGAGGCCCACCUGGGCAGAAUGGCUUCCCAGGUCCUACAGGAGAUCAAGGAGAGCCAGGAGACGGGGGGCCGCCUGGUCAGUGUGGAUGGCCUGGAAAACCUGGUCCUGCUGGAAAUCAGGGAAAGUGUGGACCUCCAGGUGUUGUUGGUCCCCCGGGACCCAGAGGAAAAUGUGGUGCUGAGGGUCCUGCAGGGCCUCCUGGAUUUCCCGGACUUACAGGACCAUCAGGCCGCUGUGGCCCACCAGGUUCUCCAGGGCCACCAGGUCUUCAUGGAUUGGAUGGAUUAGAGGGUGUGAAGGGUGAACCAGGGACACAUGGAAUAGGUAUACCUGGGGACAGGGGGCCUAAUGGACUGACAGGUGAAGUGGGUUGUAAGGGAGACCCUGGACCACAGGGUCCUAUCCAGCAAGGGGUCAAAGGCUCUCGGGGCCCACCUGGAUUACCAGGUGAUCCUGGUUAUCCUGGUCCUCCUGGUCCUAGUGGCAGGGAAUGUGAGAACCCUAAACAAGGACAGUCUGGUGAACAAGGCUUUAAUGGUUGGGAUGGCCCACCAGGACUUAGGGGACCAAUGGGACCAGCAGGCUUGGCAGUACCUGUGCGGGGGUGUGAAGGGGACCCAGGUACACCUGGUCUUCCAGGAAUUAAAGGGAGACUAGGUGAUCAUGGUCCCAAAGGGCAAAUGGGGAUUUCAGGCUUCCAAGGACAGAAAGGUGAGAAAGGAGACUUGGGGCUUAUUGGAGAUCAUGGACCUUCUGGGUUACCAGGAGCAAAUGGCAAUCCUGGGCACAAGGGCCCUAAAGGACCACAAGGAGAGCAAGGUUCCUUUGGAAAAGCAGGACAACUUAUUAAUAUUAGUUUCACAAGACCUACUCAUGGUCCAGCUGGGUUUCCUGGUCCUCCUGGUGAAUCUGGCUUUCCAGGACCUAUAGGAAUUGUGGGCCACAAGGGGCUGAAAGGAAGAAAAGGCCAAGUUGGAGAUCAAGGGUUGUACGGUGAACCUGGACCACCUGGCUUUAUUGGACUUCCUGGAGACCCAGGAAACAAUGGUGCCAAAGGUUCCCAAGGCAUGCAAGGGCAACACGGAACCCCAGGAGAUGAAGGUCCCCCUGGCUCUUCUGAGAGGUUCAGCUCUGGCUUUCUGUUGGUCAUUCACAGCCAAUCAACAUAUAUACCUAACUGUCCUCAGAAUAUGUCCAAGCUGUGGGAGGGAUAUAGCCUCCUGUACCUGGAGGGGCAAGAGAAAGCACACACACAAGACCUAGGUCAGGGAGGUUCAUGUAUGCGUGUCUUCAGCACUAUGCCCUUUUCACGCUGCAACCAGCAUGCCUGCAACUAUGCCAACCGCAAUGACAAAUCCUACUGGCUUGCCACCACUGCUUCGAUACCCACCGCACCAGUGUCUGGGCUGGAGAUCCAGCCACACAUCAGUAGGUGUGUGGUGUGUGAGGCCCCAUCAUCGGCCAUCGCCGUUCACAGCCAGGACAAAUUCACACCCGACUGCCCGCUAAAUUGGAGUACACUCUGGAUCGGAUAUUCAUUCCUUAUGCACACCGGGUCAGGGGAUGAAGGAGGUGGCCAGUCUCUCACCUCCUCAGGAAGCUGCUUAAUGGAUUUCCUCACACAUCCAUUUGUGGAGUGCCAGGGCCCACAAGGCACAUGCCACUACUUUUCCAACCUAUACAACUUUUGGCUCACGCGUGUGGACGAUCGGGACUUCAGCAUUAGCCCAGAAACGAUGACCCUAAAAGGAGCGUCUGAGCAGAAGGAUAAAGUUAGCCGAUGCAGCGUCUGCUUGAGGUAUUGAGACGGCUUCAGCCUGGGACGGUCUCAUCCUUUGUGAUGCUACAGCAGAUGUGAGUUGGAUGGAAUCAUAAAAACUCACAUGGAACAAAAAGAAAGAUGCGAACAGUUUGUGAUCGUUCACACUGACGUGCAACUGUGAAAACGUUUCGUAUACACUUAAUACUUGAGAGUUAAAGCAGUGUUUUAUAUCUAGUGAUACUGAUCGUCUUGUCUCAAAUUAUUCAAUUACAAAAAAUGAGUUGUUUUUAAAUACCACAAAAUGGCAUGCAUUGCAUAAGUAUUCACCCCCUUCGUUGUACUGUAUUACAGCCUGUAACUGAAAUGGACUUUUGCCUCUUUUCCACCGGAAAGAACCGGGUGCUCAUGGCUUUGUGAACCUACAUCGGCAUCCAAACCCGGCGAAUAAAACGUGUACGUGCGGCUCCGUGUAAUCUGUAUAAACGGAGGUUGUGA